AUGCAGUAUCCACCUUGGCCAGAACAAGCAACCUUCAGGGUAUCCUCUACCGAUUCACACAACUACAGCGAUGUGGGCAAUGCGUCUCAGGCGGUGUCCGCCCAUAGAGUGGAGCAUAUUUUGACUAGCAGGAAGAUGGCAAUUCCUAGGCUAGCAGAAGGCUUGGAAACAUUCUCAACCCCUGGGGAUAAGUCCGGUUGUCGCAACUGCCGUGAGGCUGGCAUCAUCUGCUGCUACACAGAUGGCAUUGGUACACCAAGGCAAUUGGCUAGUCUGGAGGCCAAAAUACGGACUUACGAAGACGCUUUGAAGAACCUGAGCAACAGAUUUGGGCUUACGAAUGAGCAGCUGAUGAACCUGGCAUUGACAGUGGAGGAGUCCCCCAGUCCUGCCUUGUCCCCUGAUGGGCAAACACCCUUCCUCGGAAAUCAAAGACCUCUUUCAACCUCCAACUCCCAGUUGCCACCAUUCGUUGACUCCAGCCACUGCGUUGAUUGUAUCAGUGAAGACUUUAAUAAGGACGAAGUUUCCCAGGCUACGGGCUACAUUGGCCAAAGCUCCGAAAUUGCAUGGAUCCAUUCGUUAGGACGAGAUGUCAACGAUGGAACUGGAUAUGGGACUCCCAAAGAAUCUAUAUCACUGCAAAACUCUGAUGGUAGUCUUAUAUCCGCUUCGAAUUACCAUGUUGAUGAUCAAGAGCUGCCAAGUAUCGAGCGACAAGAGCCUUAUGCACUGCCGUCAAAGGAUAUAGCUUCAAAGCUCUAUAACUGCUAUCUGGACCGGGUGCAUCCUUCUUUUCCAAUCAUUGGGACCACACCAUUCGGAGCACAGUUCCGUGCAUUCUUCAACAAUGCCAAUUUACGCCCAGGAAACAAGUGGCUCGCAGUCUUGAACGUAGUCUUUGCAAUCGCUGCUAGAGCAACAGUCUUGAGUAUGGAUAAUGGAAGUUUUCACCAUCCUGACCUACAGCAGUUACAGGUGGAAGGGCUAACAGCUUUGUACAUGCUUUCUUUGGGGCAUAUCAACCGUGCUUGGAGAAUUUGUGGAGGUGCUGUUCGUGGAGCCCUUGGUCUUGGUUUGCAUCUGCGCAACAUGAGCAAGUCGGCUUCGGAUACUUCCAGGGAGAUCCGAUAUCGCGUAUGGUGGUCCCUUUACAUGCUUGAUCACCGACUUAGCAUGGUCACAGGACGGCCGUCUUUCAUAGAUGAUACUAUAUAUACAAUACCCCUGCCUGUUCCAGUUGACGAAGAGGAUUUCGAAAGGGAUGAAGUGAUAAACUGUCUCCGUCUGUCACACGGGACUGAAGGCAACGGUUUAACUUUUGAUCUGAAGGCCAAACACUCGAUAGCUACCCCAAAGGCUACAGGCGCAACUGCCAGUCCUCCUUGUGGAUCAUUGCACUUCCUCCAUGUCAUUCUGCUCACGCUGAUAUCAAAGAAAAUGACGACCAAGCUCUACAGUCCCGGAGCAGCGCGCACAUCUUGGAUAGGGAUAGAGUUUGCCAUACAAGGUCUCACCUCUGACAUCGAAUCUUGGCUUUUGAGUCUUCCUAAAGAUUAUGAUUUUACAUCGACACAGUCCUCACAGAUCACACAUUCGAUAUCUACCCACCGGAUGAGCCUGGCAUUUUUAUUCUAUAGCACCAAAAUUGGCAUAACACGGCCAUGCCUUCGCCGCUAUCCUGCGGAGCAGGAAGGCAAGGUUUCAGACCUGAAAAUGCAGGAUUUCUGUCACAGAACAGCAGCUGAGUGCGUGGAAUCGGCUUGCCAUAUGCUGAGGCUAUUUCCCGAAGGACUAGAUGCUGCUGCACUGUACAGAAUGUCACCGUGGUGGUGUAUACUGCAUUUCCUUGUUCAAGCAACCACAGUCCUUUUGAUAGAGCUGUCUUUGGGUGUUUGUCACGUUCCAGAGAAAGCUUCGAUGGUUUCCAAGGCGACUGAAAGAGCCCUUCAAUGGCUUGCUAUACUAGCAAAGACCAACGCAGCCUCAGAGAAAGCUCGCUUACUAUGCCAAUGCCUACUACGCCGUAUCGAACAAUAUGCAGGAGUGAAUCUACCUAUUCACCCUAUCCCAAGUGAUGUCGGCAUUUCUGUUCCGCCUGGACCUAGACCAACCGGACUUUCGUCUACUCCAGACUCACGCCCCAGUGAAUUUGGAAGCGGUCCUUCACCAUUUUCAGGUUCUUCAAAUACUCUGGAAGCCCAUGUAAAGUGCCAACCUCCUCCAGAAAGUCCUGGUCUUAUGCAAACGGACAAGGAUACCAAUACUCAGGAUACUUACGAUGAAGGCCUUCCUUAUGAUCCAAGCACAGGGCAGAUUAUAGGGUCUUUCUUCCCACCUAAUUUAAGUCUCGGCUUGGAAAUAAGUGAUUAUUUUUUGGAGGAAGUGUGA